AUCUGAUGUGAAGAGCAAAAGUGUGUGUUUCAAAACCAUGAUUAAUGUCAAACAAAUGACUCUCACAAAUAUUUAUGUCACUGUAGUUUUACAGUAGAUGGGGUUGUGGUGCAGGGGUAUGCGUCAACAUUUACAAUAGCAAAUGAAAGCCACAGCGCCUUACUGACAGGGAAAUCAACCAAUCAACGCUGGAUAUGGAGUUGUUGUUUCUAGUUGUCACUUUCACACAUAGCACCGCAUGAACUCAUCAAACUCUUUCAAACUGUGUUCCUUUUUAGAUAUACUUAGCUUAUACUUAUGAUUUCUGUGUAGAAAAGCGCAAGUGGAGUAAACUUACCAGGGACUGGGUAAAAAACUACUUUUCGAGUUCAACAAAUUCUGCCUGCUCAUCACAAGAAGGUGGGGGCAUGUGAUAUCAUGAUCAAGUUAUCUGGCUACUGGCUAACCUCGAUAGAGACCGUGAAAACAAGCCCUGCAUUGUCCGGACAGAAGCGAUGUAGCUAUCUUGUUGUACAAAUCGUGUUUCUCGACGCAAUUAACGGAAAAAAGUGAAGAUGGUUCACGUAUACAACUGCCACCCCUUCGCUUCCCAGCAAAUCGUGCCAGCCGAACAGGAGCCGGGGUUGGUGUGUUGUGGCGGGGGUGCCUUGUUUGUGGUGUCCGCGGGAGGAUGCAAGAUCGAGGCAUUUCAACUAGAAGAGGAGGGGUGUCCUCUUAUCUGCCGCUUCGCCACCAUGGGAACUGUGCAGAGCAUCCUGCACAGCGAGAUAGGGGACUACCUGGUGACCAUCGAGGAGAAGAACAAUGCCACCUACCUCCGCGCCUACACCAACUGGCGCUACCAGGCAGCCGAGAAGACCCGUGUGGGUGUGCGUCUGCUGGGCCACUUCCUGCGUGGCUCAUCCCUGUGUGGAGCUCCCAAGGAGCAGAUGGAGAUCAUUGAGAUCCCGCUGUUUCAGCAUCCACUGUGUGUAGCGUGUUGUGGGGUGACAGGGGACCUGCUGGUGGGGUGUCCUAAGAGCCUGGUGCUGUUUAGUCUCAAGAGACAGGCCCUCAACGACAAGCUCUCCAUCCUGGACUUUGAGCGUUGUCUGAUCCUCCACCUCCCAGGACUGUCAGCCCAACAGGUGGCGAUCUGUGCGGGGUACAUUGCCCUGCAGGCAGAGCUGGAAGUACUGGUGGUUAAGCUGGAGAGACUUCCUGGCGCCGCCCCUACCCAGAAGCCAGCUGACAAGGAGUUCCAGGACCACUCUCUGGUCCCGAAGGAUAUGAUCACUGGAGCAGAACACGACAAUGAGAUAGAGGUGAGGAAAGAGGGUCUAGCCGGUCACCUUGAUCAGGAUGACUUCUUCAUAUUCCCUAAGCACCAGGAGCUGCUGGGGGACAGGGCCAAGGACUGUGGGGUCAAGGUCUCUCUGGAGUGGACAAGCAUGGAGAGUGAGGCCAGGGGCAUCCUCGCUAUCACCUAUAUCUUAUACAGGCGUUUUGCUCCAGACUUCUUCCAAGGCUGCAGUGUAGAGGAGACCCGCCUGCACUCCCUGCAGUUCCACCCUGUGUUCACCAGUAACCAGGAAGUGUGUGUGGAGGGGGGUAGAGGGGUGGAGCCGACGUGUGUGUUCUGUUUCUUCUCGCUGCCCAACACGGGCUACGUGUACAGCGUGAGGGGCGGGGUGGAGAUGGUCUCAGUCUAUCAGUAUCCGGAGAAAGCCCAGCAGGCCGUCCUCACUGACCUCUUCCUCCACAUCAUCACCAAGAAUGCUCUCCAGUGUUUCUCAGUGAGGUGUGCUGCAGUGGCAGCCAGAGCUGAGGACCCUUACAUCGAUACCACCAUGAAGGCCUGUCCCCCCAUCACCAUGGAGGUGAGUGCUUUGCGUAUCCAGCUGUUCAUUGGUCUAAAGGCUCUGUGUCACGAUCGCCACCACAUCGUCCUGCUGACCGCUGCAGACGUGGAGACCAGGGAGGUCACAGAGAGGGCUGCACGCAGGAGCCUCGAAUGCAAAGAUCACCAAACCCUUACAGGGAUUUUCCUAGCGAUAGGUAUAGAGCCCUCCAACACAACCGGUCUGGAGAGCUUCCUGGCUCGCUCCUUCUUGAACAGGAAGUCAUCCUUCACCAAGCCCCGGGAUCCCAGUGAGUUGAGUCAUGGCUGGAAUCUGUACGUGGUCAACACCGUCCCCCCACUCCAACUCUACAAUGAGAUGGUAGAGUACAGUAAGAAGUAUGAGGAGACCAACCCUCUGUCUCAGAGCUGUCUGCACCUGCUCAGUGAGGCCCACCUCCUCCUGAGAGCCACGCUCCUGGACCCCCGGGUGGGAAACCCUGUAGACCAGCCUCAGAGCAGUGACCAGAACCUAGCCCAGUCCCUGGGAUAUACAGCAACAGACAAAAUAGGCAGCACCACUGACAGAACCACAGACAGACAGGAGCUGCAGCAGGCCUUCCAGGAGAGCUGUGCCCAUUUAGGAGACUGCUUCAGUAGGUUUGAUAAGCGUGACUGCCACCUGGCCCUGCCCUACUAUAAUAUGUCAGGCCUGUCUGUGACGGAGGUGAUCUCCAGGAACAGGUGUCUGUCCAGCAGCCCCUGUGGCUACGGGAAGGGGUUCCUCUUCUUCCUCAAACACUCACUCUAUGAGGAGACCAUGGAGGAGCUCACUGAGGAGACAGCCAACGAGGUGCUGGAUAUCUUCGGUGUGGCCGAGCCGUCCCAGCUCCCCCAUGUCAUAGCCAGCCCCUCCAUGGUUAGAGCUAGCCCUGACAGUGGCCUGGCCCACCUAGAGCGCCUGGAGGCCAUCGGAGCUCCCUCUGUACCCCUCACUCUCUCCAAGGCUGCCCUGGCCCUCCGCAUGGGAGACCUGCAGCUCUACAGACAACACAUGGAUAGACAUACAGAGAUGCUGCAGGUAUAUGGGUUCAUCGAGGAGCACAGACUGCUGCUGCAUGGCAGAGGGCACGCGGUGGUGCCCACCCCCCUGGCACGCCACCUCAGGGACAGCCAGGGCGGUCUGCUGGUGGCAGCCAUGGUGGCGCUACAUGAGAACAACAAGGUCAAACUGGACGAGGCUGACCUCUUCUUCCAGGAGCUGUGUGGGAACCUGUCGGGGCCCCAGGGAGGCCCUCAGCUGCUGGUGGACUUCUGGGAAGCCCUGCUGAUGGCCUCAUCACAGGAAGCUGUCAUCCAGGAGCUGCUGUUCCGCCUUACCUCUGUCUACAUUGACCGCGUCACGCGCCGAGACAGCCACGGCAUGAAACCGCUCAAGACCACAGACGACCUGAUCAACUCAUGUUCUCACUAUGGCGUGCCGUAUCCCUGGGUCAGCAUCCUGACUCCAGCUCACUUCAACAUCGUUCAAGAUGACCAGGAGGACCUCCAGAAACUACAGUCCCUGCUGUGCGGUCCCACUCUGGACGUGUCGUCCAUCCUGCCCCUGUUGGAGCAGCUGCCAGACGGGGACAACGCGGGGCUCAGUGUGCACGUGCUCUGUGCCACCAAGCUGGGCCGCCACGAGAGCUCCAUUGAGAGGCUUCUGGACCGCUGUCCUCAGGCCAUCAUCCCCUACGCUAACCACGAGCUGCAGAAUAACCAAAUGGCUCUGUGGUGGCAGAAGCUGUUUCCUGAGCUGUGUGAGAGAACCAGAGCAUCAGGGGGAGAGAACACCAUCUUACUGUCUGCACUCAAAGAAACGCUGGUGGUGGUUGCCAUGGAGCUGAACCCACUGGAGUUCCUGGACCUGUUGCCUGAUGACGGGACGGCACACUUUUUCCUGCCUCACCUGCUGAAGUGCAGCCAGAGAAAUCUCAUGACGUAAGAACCGCGUAGAACAGAUAUACAGUAGCUCUAAAAAAAAACAUUUAUUUCAUGGUACACCCAAAUUCUAGGACAGUUUAGGAAAAUGCUACAUUUUUGAAUAAGUAGAACAAGUGUCCGUUAAUCAAACAAAUCAUUCAAAUGGUACGCUGGUUUGAAUGGGAAUUUCCCUUCUACCGAUUCUAAUUCAAUAGAGGGUCCUAAACCUGGACCGUACAGGACAAUCAACCACCUCGAGUGUGGAGUGAGCCUCUCAAACGCUGUAGUAAUUAGUUAGAGAUUAUUUCCUGAUUUUACGACCUCACUUUUUGUACUUCUGUUCUAAAGUAUUGAUGCCACGUUCCUAGUCAUACCCUGCAGUGGCACUAGUCCUCUAUGUAGACUCCCCGAUACACUGCGAGACCUUUUCUUUACUACGGAGUAUUAUGAACUGGAUGUUAAAAGUUACACACUGGACUGUUCUAGCUUUUCUUCUGUUUAUUGGGUGAAGAGAUAAGAAAAGGUGGUUGAAUAACAUGGAAUGAAGGAAGCUUCUCUGAAAGCUAUGACCUCACUGUAUAACCUAUUCCGAUAUGUUUUGCUUUGGUUCACUGCAUUAAUAAAUGCUCUAAAAAGA